AUGGAACUGACAGGUGCCUCUAGCUACGGCUGCCAGGAGCUCGCAUGGCAGAUCAACUCGGCCAACGUUGCCCGCGGCGAGGCGCGCGAGUACGGCCACGCCGACGUGACAAUCCACAAGGUCGACGGCCACGUCGACCGUCUCUUUGCUGGCCUCGGCGAGACCAUGCACGCCUACAUGUCCCACUUUGACAAGCUCGUGUCGCUGCCCGAGGGCUUUGUCAUUGUCGCCAGCACCUCCAACUCGGAGUUUGCCGGCAUCGCCCACAAGGACAAGGCCAUCUUUGGUGUCCAGUUCCACCCGGAGCUCGAGCACACGCCCCGCGGCAGCGAGCUGCUGCGCAACUUUAGCGUCGACAUUUGCGGCGCCAACCCCAGCUGGGUCAUGGGCGACUUUGUCGAGCAGGAGAUUGCGCGCAUCCGUCACCUGGUGGGCGACCGUGCGCAGGUGAUUGGCGCCGUGUCGGGCGGCGUGGACAGCACCGUGGCGGCCAAGCUGAUGAAGGAGGCGAUUGGUGACCGCUUCCACGCGGUGCUGGUGGACAAUGGCCUGAUGCGGCUCAACGAGUGCCAGCAGGUCAAGGCGACGCUGGGCGAGCACCUGGGCAUCAACCUGACCGUCGUGGACGCGGCGGACCUGUUCCUGGGCCGUCUGGCGGGUGUCCUGGAGCCCGAGAAGAAGCGCAAGAUCAUUGGAUCGACCUUCAUCGACCUGUUCGAGAAGGAAGCCGAGCGCAUUGAGAAGGAGGCCGAAAACACCCCCAACGCCGGAAAGGUGGAGUGGUUCCUUCAAGGAACGCUGUAUCCUGAUGUCAUCGAGUCCCUCAGCUUCAAGGGCCCUUCGGCGACGAUCAAGACUCACCACAAUGUCGGUGGCCUACCUGAGCGCAUGAUGAACGGCCAAGGCCUUCGUCUCCUUGAGCCCCUUCGCCUGCUCUUCAAGGACGAGGUCCGCGCCAUCGGCCGCACGCUUAAUAUCCACAAUGAUCUGAUCAUGCGUCACCCGUUCCCCGGCCCGGGCAUUGGCAUCCGCAUUCUGGGCGAGGUGACGCCCGAGCGCGUCGAGGUUGCGCGCAAGGCCGACAACAUCUACAUUAGCAUGAUCAAGGAGGCCGGCAUCUACGACAAGAUGUCGCAGGCCUACGCCGGUGUCGACACCAACAAGGCCGUCGGUGUCAUGGGCGACACGCGUGUCUACGGCUACAUUAUCAUCCUCCGCGCCGUGACGACGAGCGACUUUAUGAGCGCCGAGGCGUUCGAGUUCCCUUGGGCAUUGCUGCAGAAGAUUGCCCGCACGAUUGUCAACAGCGUGGACGGCGUCUCUCGCGUGACCUAUGACCUGACCUCCAAGCCUCCUGGCACCAUUGAGCUGGAGUAA